AUGGUGAUGGGUGGGACUGUGAUGGUGACCGGUGGUGGGAGGUUGGGGGAACUUGGGUUCUGCCUGGGAGGGGAAGGCUCGAGCUAUAGGCGUCCGGGGAUGAGGUUUGGGGGGGGGGGGGGUUGUGUGUGUCUCUGGUCUUGCUCAGUUGUCUGGGGUGCUGGUGUUUGCGAUUAUGUACAGCUGAAUUGCAGGCAAUUGGGCGCAAUUGAAGCUUUGUUGAAGUGUGGGUGCCAUCAUACAGUCGGUGAUGAAUCUAUGGUGGAGUCCCUUCUUACAUGCUGCAUGGGCUUUUCAGGCCAAUCUCAUCUAUUUAAGGCCUUUAGAACCGUCUCUCUCAGCCAAUGCUGUGCUGGUUCUUCUGCUUCUUGCUCUGAGUCUAUUCUACACUCCUUAUCUUCCAAUCUCAAGUCACUUCCACAGGUUGAACAAUGUCAUGCCCACAUCAUCUCUUUGGGUCAUGAUUAA